AUGGGAAGAUUACGUAGAUCAAGAACACAUGGAUCAGCCAAAUCACAAAUCAAACAAAAAAAAACCAAACGAUACGGAAGAGAUUUAGAUCAAAUCGAACUAGAUCUUAAACUAUCAGAACAAAUUAGAUCCAUCAAACAAACCCAACCCAAAACCCCCACUACAUCAUCUACUCACAACCCAAUGAAUGAAGAAACGAUUGGAUUAGGUGAAUAUCCGUGUCAGGAAUGUGCUAGGUUUUUUAUAAAUCUUCAUUCACUUCAACAUCAUUUGAAAUCUAAAGUUCAUAAACGAAGACUUAAAGAUUUGGCUGAUGGUCCUUAUUCUUUAGACGAAGCAAUGAGAGUGGCUGGCUUAGGUGUAGAUAACAAACAACGUCCUGCCACUUUGACUCCCACUAUUACUGCUACUACUGCUACUACUACUACUACUACUUCAAACAUGACGAUCGAUCAAACUUCUUGA